AGCAAAGAUGCAGAACACACAGAAAAAGUAUUAUAUCCAUUUUCUUCAAAUGCCAGUCAAUGAAAUCAACUCAGCAAGUUUCUUUAGAAAAUAUCAAAAAACCAAACUAAACUACUAAUUUCUCAUUUCUCAUCUCUUCAAGAUCUCAAUCAUGUCAUUGUAUAACACUCCAAAGUUCUUCAAGAUUAUCCAAAAUCAUGAACUGCAAAAUGGUGAAAUAAGAAUACCAAAGAAAUUUGUGGGAAAAUAUUGGAAAGGAAUGCCGAAUCCGGUAGUGAUUACACUACCAAAUGGUGUUGAACAAGAAUUAUUUUGGGUGAAGCAUGAUGGAGAUAUAUGGUUACAAAAGAAUUGGGAGAAAAUAGCUAAGUUUCUCAAAUUUGGUUAUUUAGUUAUUUUUAAAUACAUUGGAGGAGUAUCUUUUAAGCUUAAGAUAUUCGGAAUCGAUUGUUUGGAAAUCGACUAUUCCAAAAUUAAGUUCAGAGAUGAACAAGUUGUGAGUGAUGAUGACAGUGUUGAAGUUACAAAAUCACAAAAGAAGAGAAAAAUGAAAGUUGAAUUUGAUAUUGAUACCUUAAGUGAUGAAUUAUUUGUUGAUCAAACUAACAUUGCUGGUACCUCUCAAACAAGAAAAAGGGCUAGUAAUAGAAGAAUCAUGAAAAAGAAGGCCACAAAAUGCUCAACUAAUGGAAUAGGUAUAGGUACUAGCAGAGGUGUGACUCCAAGUUUUAAACUGAAAUUGACAAAAACUUAUGCAACAGGCUAUUUAUUUAGAAUUCCAUGUGAUUUUUCAAGAACAUACCUGAAAGAUUUUGAAGGAACUGUGAUUAUGAGAAAGAUGGGUGAGGAUAGGAUUUGGAGGAUGGAUGUUAGAUAUGAUCCUGAAGGUGAUUUUUCCAUUGUGAAUAGUGGUUGGAAGCCAUUUUGCGAGCAAUAUAACUUGCAAACCCGAGAUGUUUGCAAGUUUGAGAUGACUCGAUCCAAACCACUUUCUUUUGCUGUCGCUAUUAACCGAGCCAGAGGGUUAUAAUUUGAGGAAGAUGCUGCAAUAUUAGAAUUGUAUUUUGUGGGGCUUGUUGUUUGUAGUUUGAUAUAUUUUGAUGAUUUCCAGCUCUUUGUUAUGUUGCUUUUUAGUAUUUUUCAAACUCAAAUUAUGAGUACUUAAUUAUGAUAUAUGUAUCUAUCCUACUUGAAUAUUGGUAGCAA